AUGGCAAUCUGCACUACCUCUGACUCCGGCGUUGGAAGACUUCCAUAUGGACCUUCCUUAUACUGUGGCUGCGACCCGCAUGGAGGGUUGGCGCUUGAAUCUGACGAGAUUGUUGUCCGACCUGAGGUUUUGCAUCGCGCAUCAGAGGCCCUGCCUUUGCCCCUCAGUGAUCCGGAAAUACUGCGGCGUGGUCGGACAAUCUUAGAGAGGAGGCUACUCCCUCAUCUUGGAUCCCCCUCAUUUGAGGCACCGACUCAGCCUACUCCCAGCCCCGCUUCACACAACGCUUCUCCUUCCCCUGCCGCCCCGAGCCGAGGUCGAGGUCUCGAUCAAGCCGGCCGUCUGGCCAGACGCGUCUUCCGAGGAGCCCCCCGGGCCUCUAAACGUGCUCGCGCAGCCCUCCAUCGCGCAGGUCGAGGCUCAUCUGGUCGGGGCGCCACAGACGGGGGUGCUUCAGCCUUUCCACAGGGCCAGCCUUGCUCUGAUAAUUCUGAUUCUGAUAACCAGCCCCUGCUUCACAGACGACGUCGGAAACCAGCCUCUCCCAACCCUUACAGGGGAAGACCAGCUGCAUUCCGCUCUGCCCCCACUCUUGCUGAGGAAGACAGCACAGGUGCUCGUCAUGACCCCGUGCCAACUGAGCCCGUUCCCGAGCCACCUCCUGCUCCUCCUGGUUCUGACGCAGGCCCUUCUCGACCUUCCUCCUCCGCCCGCCAUCAGAGCAUGAGUCAGAUGGAUAACGCGCCGCCAUUAGUCCAGAUGGAUAGGUUCUCGAAGUCCUGGGCUAAAGUUAUAUCUUCCAUCCAGACUCAUGCAGAAUCUUUAGUUCUGAACCAGUCCUUCCACAACCUCCAUCAUGAAAGCAAAGAACUCCGAGAGAGAGUCUCUGAAUUGGAGUCGCAACUGAAUGACCCAGCCCGAGCUAGUCAUGCAUUGCGGGCAGAAAUCCAAGCCCUGACCAAUCAGACCGACCGUCAGAAAAGGUCCCUGGUACAGGUCAAGGAUGAGCUCCGAGCUGUGAGAGAGGAGAGAGCUGCAUCUGAGGCGGGGUAUCAGCAACAACUAGCCCACCAGGCUCAGGAAAUACAGUCCAAGGAUAUCCUUCUGCAGGAGAAGAACAAGAAAUUGGAGGUUCAGGCAGCUCAACUGGAAACUCAAGCAGCUGAACUGAGGGCUCUGAAAGCAUAA